GAGCCGAGCCGAGCCGAGCCGUGUUGUGGCGGGCGCAGUGCGCCCAUGCUCCGCUCCGUACUGCUGCUCCGCGCCCUGAGCCGCCCCCGUGGCUGGCCGGGCGGCGGGCCCCUUCUGCGGGACGCCCCGGGCCUGCUGUUGGGCCAGGACCGACCCCUGCGGGCGGCUGCGCCGCCGGGCUCUCGGGGGCUGUGCUGGGCCGGUAAACUUUACCGGCAUUUCACUACAGAGGCCUCUCAAGCCACCUUAGCCAGCGUAUCUCCUGUGUUUGCAGUGAUGAAGCUUGAUAAAGAGGGAAAUGCUACCUUUUUUGAGAAAAAGAAAACAGAAUUGUACCAGGAACUGGGUCUUCAAGCUCGAGAUCUGAGAUUUCAGCAUCUUAUGAGCAUUGCAACCAGGAACAACAGGAUCAUCAUGAGAAUGGAGUUCUUGAAGGCUGUCAUAACACCGGAGUUUCUUCUGAUACUAGAUUAUCGUAAUUUAAAUCUGGAACAUUGGCUCUUCACUGAACUGACAUCUCAGCUGUCUGGGGAAGGUCAACUAGUUACGUAUUCCCUGCCCUUUGAAUUCCGAGCCAUAGAAGCAAUACUGCAGUACCGGAUCAGCAGACUGCAAGGGAGACUUAAUACUUUGCAGCCUCAGAUCCUUGAGACACUGGAAGCUCUAGUGGAUCCCAAGCUUUUGUCUGUGGAUAGGAGUAAACUCCACAUUCUCCUGCAAAAUGGCAAGAGCUUAUCAGAACUGGAGACAGACCUUAAAGUUUUCAAAGAAACAAUUCUGGAGAUCUUAGAUGAAGAAGAAUUGAUAGAAGAGCUCUGUCUGUCUAAAUGGACUGAUCCGCAAGUAUUUGAGGAGAGCACAUCUGGGAUUGACCAUGCCGAAGAAAUGGAGCUGCUGCUGGAGAACUAUUACAGACAGGCAGAAGAUCUUGUGAACGAAGCUCGUGAGCUCAGAGUAUUGAUAGAUGAUUCAGAAAGUAUAAUAUUUAUCAACCUGGACAGCCACCGUAAUGUGAUGAUGAGACUGAAUUUGCAGCUGACUAUGGGGACUUUCUCUCUUUCACUCUUUGGACUCAUAGGAGUUGCAUUUGGUAUGAACUUGGAGUCAUCUCUUGAAGAGGACCCCAGAAUCUUUUGGCUGGUAACCGGGAUUAUGUUUCUGGGAAGUGGCCUGAUAUGGCGGCGUUUGCUUUCCUUCCUCGGGCGGCACCUGGAACCUUCAUUACCUCCUCAUGUUCCUGCUGUUUUGAAAAAAUCCCAACCAGCAGCUCGAAGAGUGGAGAUAAAGAACAGCCUUAAAACAGAAACUUUUGGACUGAGCAGAAGCACACUGGCAAACCAAUAGGAAGAGCAGGAAUGAAGAGAUACUGUUAAAGGGUGAACUGUGGACACUUUCAUUUUCUUCUUCCCUCCUGAAAAUGUUAAGAAUUUUUAAACUUGCUAAUUUAAUACACAUUUUGUGCCAAAAAAAUAUGGUGAUUAUUUUAAUGCUCACACAGAAAAGGAGGGAAACUUGAAGGGAAAACAGUGACAUGCUUUCCACAGUAGUCUCGCCUCCACCCCGCGUAUGCUCUAUUAGAUUUCUGUAUCACAUGCGCAUCCUCAUUUCAGGUUUCUUUCCAUCACUUCUUCAUGUAGUGGGUUUUCUUAAAGAGCAGCAUCCUCAGCUUAAGGAUGACAGCAGUCAGCAUUCAUCAGUAAUGGUUCUCCAGUUCUGAGCUGCAGGUUUAGGAAUCUGCCUUCAACUACCAAAGAAAAAUCUACCCCCGAAGAAAAAUCUACCCCCAAGUGUCCUUUUUAUUUAUUUUUAAAGCUCUGCUAAUUGAAGAGAAUUGAUUUUUUUCAGAAGCCAAAAGCAUAUGUGUUUUGUGAAGCACUGCUUCAAAUUUGACAGUAACCAGAAAUAAUACAGCCUAUCCUAAUCUAAGUGAGUUUUGAAAUGUGACUUACUGGGGGUAUUACUUAAAAAUUUAAGUCCAAGCUAUAUGCACUCUUAAUAACUUGAAAAGCAGGUCCAUUAGUAAUGUGGACUGUAGUUAUCUGCUGCUAUUUGAGUAUGCAUUAACAUAGCCUGUGUCCCAUGCUGGACUGAAAGACUAUUUGCGCUUUUUCUUAGGAUUCAUCUUUGAGUCCUCUGAGGGCAUGGCUCUCUACUGGCUUGUUUCAGUCUGUAGAGGAAGUAAAAAAUAUCUUUCCAAGUCAGGUUGCUAACUGCCUAGGUUUUUGUUUGGGCUUUUUUAACCUCAGUACCAUGCGGUGUUACAGGUGCCACCAGAUAAAUCGGUGUACUUGCAGGAGAUGGAAAGACAGCUGUAGCUGAGAACAGUUUGACUCAAAACUAAUGAGUCUGAAAUGGAAAGGGUACGUAAGUCAGUAUUAUGCAAGCCUGUGAUUUUAGUUAUGUUUAAAUUAGUUGUACUUAAUUACUAUUAAGUAUUAUUAAGAGUUCUUUCUCUGCGUGUGACUUCAACUACAUAUAUAAAAAGCAUAAGAAAGUGAGAAAACUGCUGGUCUUUGUAAUGCUUUUAAAUGUUUUGGGUGAAUAUUUUGCAGUGGGUAGAGAUGUAAAAGCAAAAAACCCACAACUCCUAAACUCCAAAAUUUUUUUAAAUAGAAAUCUAGUUUUUGUAGUGGAAAAAACAGUGGCUCUGACAUCGUUACUGAUAAACCCCAAGAAAGUGCAGUGGGCAAUGGGAUAUGGAUGCAUACGGUUCCAAGUAAUAGUUGCAUUAAGCCAGAACCGAAAAGGAUUUAUGUGGCUGUUUGUAAGUUUUCAUUUUAACUUUCUAUGCACUGUCCUCUGUGCAGAGAGAGGCUUCUGUAUAAUGUGUUGAUUCCUCCUGUGCAUAACUACUUGCAGCAUAAUCAAAGCACUGACAGAAAGACAGUUCUUUUAAAAGACUGCUGUUCUCUUUACAGAGAUAUACAAACUUUUAGUGAUUUUCAUACCAUUCAAGUAACUAAAAUGCACUGAUGUGCAAUGGAAUUACUCUGAGAUCAUACACAGAAAAAAUAAAGCCUUCCAUGAAGUGCAGAUUUCAAAGUAACUCAGCUGUGUAGUUAUUUUUUCUAUUGGGUGAUGAGGUCCCCAAAAUAGAUGUCAGAACACAUCAGGCUAAUGUUUGCUAAUGUUUGCCUUGUCAUCUUUUCUUUUUUUUUUUUUUUUUUUAAGAGAACCUUCCUGAGAGAGAAUUCUUAAGAACGUAAGUUGAGAUGUGUUCUGCUUGAAGUAUGGCCUUUAGAAAUCUGUGCUAUUCCACUGACUUGUGUUAUUAAGAAUAAUGCCUUGCGUUUGUCAAGGAGACAAGAAAGAGAAAAUGCAGAUACAUACGUAUCUAUGGAUUGCUGUUAAUAAUAGCAUAACAUAUUGGUGCUCUAGAUUUCUAAUAGAAUGAUGCGCACUGUUAACCUGCAUUAUACAACAUUAAUGUAAGUUGAAGGCAAUACUGUUAACAAUAAAAGCACAAUUCUAAGUUA